AUGCAACAAAUCUUGUAUUUAUUAUUUAAUUUCAUUAAAGUUGUAAAAACAACAGUUGAGUAUAAUGGGACAGAAUACGCUAAAGUUGAUCGUAAAGAGGUCACUGGAUUAUCUCCAAGUACACGAUAUACUUUCAAAGUAAGUGUUGAUCCAAAUAAUGAGGAUAAAAAAUAUCUAUUAAAUAUUAAAAUAGGUGGAAAAGAAGCAAUUAGUAGAUUUAUUGCUGAUGUAUUGGAAGUUAGGAUUUUUAAAAAGAAUUCAACUACUAAAGUUUAUGAAUUUAAUGAUAAUUUAAAAUUAACAAGUAAAGAUAUCAAAUUUGUUGAUUCUGGAAAUUUUUCGUCUGAAAAGUUUAACGUUGCUAAAGAAACAGUCAGAACAUUACAUUUGUUGUUUACUAAAAUUGAUGAUGGUGAUGAUUCUCGUUCAAAAAAAUUACUUGCAAAACCAUUAACUUGUGAUGAAUUGCUUGAAAAAUUGAAGGAAAUAAGUAAUUUUGAUACUUAUUUUGAAUUUCAAAAAUCAUGUACUGAUAUUAAAUAUCUUAAAUUUAAAGAUGCUAAUGGUACAGUACAACUUUCGAAUGAAGAUAAAUAUGCGUUAAAACAAAAUAAUCAAAAUGAUUUUAAUGAUUAUAAAUAUUUUGUUGCUAACGUUAGAUUUAUUGCAGAUAUGGUUAUGAAAGAUUUUAAAUGUGUUACUAUAAACGUUACAGGUUUAAUUAAUAAAAUGAAAAAUGAUCAAACUACUGAUAAUAAAGUUGAAUUUAUUUUUGAAGUAGUUCCAACAACUUAUCCAUUUACUCCUAAUGAGCAAGUUCAAUCAAAUGAAUUUAAAUUAGAAAAUGAAAUCAUUAAGUCAACUUCAGAACCAAGCUUUUUAUUAAGACAUAAAACACUCUUUAUUGUUAUUAUUGCAGCUAUUGUAUUAAUUCUAACAAUUGUUUUCAUUGACCCAGUUAAGAAAGUAAAAAAGAAGGCUGAAUAA